UUGGGCCCGAAAGCCCAGUAGUGCCCAUUUUGUUGACCGACUUUUUUUUAAAAACCAAGACGAUCAAGCUCGAGAAAAUCUCACGAUCACCGUCGCUUGCUCUCAAUCUGCGUUUACAGAUCGAGACGAUCACGCUCGAGAAAAUCUCACGAUCAAGCUCGAGAAAAUCUCACGAUCACCGUCGCUUGCUCUCGUUUACAGACGUAACCUUCGCUUCUUCUGGACGACGAUGGAUCAUGACGCUGGUACAGAUUCAGUGGCAAGUGAGGCUAAAUCUGAUCCCAAUGUGGUUACCAACAGCCUUCAUACGGAUAAGUCUGAAGAUUUAGCAGCAACUAACGACCACCAUCCCAACGUUUACAAAGAUGACAUUGUUAAAAGCAACAAGACGGGUGGUAUUGGGAUUGCGAUCAACAGAGGAGGUAGUACUGAUCCUGGGAACUGCCAGUGUCGUGUGCGUUGGAUGAAUGGUGACAUCGAGAAAGUUCAAGAUGCUAAAGCUGUAACCGUCGCUGACCGUCGUUUCUCUCUUGGCGGGUAUGUUUUUUCAGCUUCUGAGCCAACUGGGCAGGUGGGUUUAGUAGCGGAUCUAAACAUUUCUGUUGAUUUGUUGGCUCGGGAUGGUACUAUCCACAAGGAUAUCUCGACCAAGAUGUUGAAACGUGUCAGGGAUUUUGCUGUUGGUGAUUAUGUGGUCCAUGUCACUGUCCCUUCGCUAGGCAGAGUUGAUGAAGCACGUGAAAAUGUGAUUGUAAAGUUUGAUGAUGGUUCCACAAGGGCAUUCAGAGAGGUUGAUCCUAGUCGACUUGAACCAAUUCCUGAGAACAACUUUGGAGUAGAUGAAACCUUCCCCUAUCACAUUGGCCAGAGAGUCAGAGCAACCAGGCUAAAGAAACCCAAUCGCUCAGAAGGUACUGUGGACAGUGUUACUGCUGGUCCUGUUUUUGUGAAAUGGCUGGCUUCCCGUGGUGUUGGGCCAGAUUCUUCUGUUCCCCUAGUCGAGUGGCAGAGUCCUAGUGUUCUGACGUUGUUGUCAUCCUUAAUUCAUACCAAUUUCAAAGUGGGUGACUGGUGCGGCACAAAAGAUGGAAGCUUAGGAGAAGCUCUAUUGAUCGUUCAUAGCAGAACACGUGUUGAUGUAGCCUGGCAGGAUGGUUCAGUAGAAUGUAGACGGGAAGCAACAACAUUAAUUCCAACUGAGACCCCUGUUGAUGAUGUAUUUGUCGCUGAGCAGUAUGUGAUGGAGAAGGCUAUAGUUGAUGAUGGUAACACAACUGAACCUAAGCGUGUUGGGGUUGUUAAAAGUUUGGAUGCAAAAGAACGUAUCGCUAUUGUGAGAUGGUUGAAGCCGCUUCAAAGGGCAGAAGAACCUUGUCAGUUUGAGAGUGAAGAAACUGCUAGCGUUUAUGAGCUUGAGCGCCAUCCUGAUCAUGACUACUACACUUAUGGGGACGUUGUUGUUCGACUAUCACCAACGGAGCAAGGCAAUGAUACUAAACACCUUCAACAAGACGAAGUCAAUGCGGGUCUCUCUUGGUUUGGAAAUAUUACUGGCCUAAAGGAUGGUGGUUUUGAAGUAACAUGGGCCGAUGGAAUCGUAUCAAAGGUUGGUCCUGGAGCAGUUUAUGUCGUUGAACCGGACAGUGAUGAUGGCGAACCAGAUGCUGCAGGAAGUGGAGCAAGUAGUGAUUCUAGUUGGGGAACUGUAGACGAUGAUGAUAGUGGUGCUCAUGAGAUUCCGAAAGAGGUUUGUUCUGUUGAGAAAGUGUUACCGAUUUUUUUUUGCUUGACCCAGAGCACUAUGUUCAACAGGGAGACACUGGACCCUUCUGGCGAGAAGGAUGAUCCUAGUACUCAAAGUUUCGGUGCCACUGCUAACCCUCAGUCAGAGGGUUCAGUUUUAGAAAACAAAGCAUUGGAAGGAUCAAAGAGCGGAAUAUCUGAUGAGCCAGUAACUUUUAAAGGUGAUAGUUACAGUUUCAGACGCUUUGAUAUAUCACAAGAAUCUCUGGACCACCAUUAUGUUAGCGAAGAAGAGCAGAAAAUCAAGGAAAAGGUGUGGGUUAAAAAGUUUCACGGAGACUGGAAAAUACUUCAGGACAAUCUUCCCGAUGGAAUCUUUGUUCGAGUUUAUGAAGAUAGAAUGGAUCUACUGCGGGCCGUGAUUGUCGGAUCAUAUGGAACACCAUAUCAAGAUGGUCUGUUCAUUUUUGAUGUAUUUCUUCCACCUAAGUAUCCUAGCGAGCCACCGGUCGUGUUUUAUCAUUCUGGUGGUUGGAAGUUAAACCCCAACCUCGAUGAAGAUGGAAAUGUUUGCUUGAGCCUUCUUAAUACAUGGAAAGGUAGAGGAAGUGAAGUUUGGGAUCCCCAAUCAUCCACCAUCCUUCAAGUGCUUGUAUCAAUCCAGGGACUGGUGUUAAAUGCAAAACCUUACUUCAACGAGGCUGAUUAUGAUAAGUUGAUUGGCACGGUGGAAGGAGAGAGACGCUCUCUCGAGUACAACGAGGAUGCAUUUUUGCUAAAUUGCAAAACCAUGAUGCAUCUUAUGAAGAAGCAACCUAAGGGCUUUGAAGAACUGGUGAAAGAGCAUUUUAUAAAACGUGGGUCUCACAUCUUGAAGGCAUGCAACGCCUACAUGGAAGGAUAUUUGAUCGGUUCCCUCACCAAAGAUGCCUUGAUUGUCGAUGAACCAGUGUUUGCAAAUUCCACUUCAGCAGGAUUUAGGCUCUCGUUGGAAAAGCUAACUGCAAAGCUCUUCCCAGCUCUGAGUCUCUUGGGAGCUAGCGAUCAAUGAUUGUCAGAUUACAUGGACGGUGGUUACAAAGAGAUGGAGAAGAGUACAUGGACGGUGGGAACUUGAAGCGAGACGAGGAACACAAACUUCACUUGAUAAUACAGUGGAAACGUGUGAAGAAACAAGUAUCAAUAACAAGAAACUCUAUCAAUACUCUGCAUAUGAUAAGACAAUAAGUGUAUGUUCAUGAUUUUCGAUGUGGACGUAUUUGUCUCUGUUUUGAAUUUGCUCUUGUUGUGUCUUUUUUGUGGGUGUGUCAAGUUUCUAUAUCAAUAACAAGAAACUCUAUCAAUACCCAGCAUAUGAUAAGACAAUAAGUCCUUUCAUGA